AUGGCAUCCCCCAUCUUAAUCAUUGUAGCCUCUAAGAACCCCGUCAAAGUUCAAGCCGCAAAACUCGGCUUCGAAUCAGCCCUCCCAGACGCAACCUACACCGUCCGCGGCAUCAGCGUCCCCUCCGGCGUCCCAGACCAGCCCCUCACCGACGAAGAGACCCUCCGCGGAGCCCUGAACCGGGCCCGCAACGCCCGGGAGGUCGAAAAGGACGCAGACUACUGGAUCGGCCUCGAGGGCGGCAUCGACAUGCCGGCCGACCAGAGCGCCCCCAUCAUGAACUUUGCCUGGAUUGUCGUCAUCAGCCGCGACGGACGCGUGGGCAAGGCAAGGACCGGCGCGUAUUACCUCCCCGAGGAGAGUGCUGCGCUACUGCGCCAGGGCAUGGAGUUGGGGCAUGCGGAUGAUUUAAUCUUUGGCCAGACGAACAACAAGCAGAGCAAGGGGUCUGUUGGCAUGUUGACGGAUGGUGUCAUUGAUCGGACGUCCUACUAUCACCACGCUGUCAUUCUAGCUCUGAUUCCCUUCAAGAAUAAGAAUCUGACGUUUGCCUGA